GCGCAUGCGAAACAUUUCCCCCCCCCCCCGGGCAAGGAGGACGCGCAUGCCCAGUGGAGCUGCAGAGGCCGCCUUUCCCUUUUCUUUAGCCAUGGCGGCGAUGGAGGCGGGCAAGAUGGCGUCCCCCAAAAGCGCCCCUAAAGAUGCCCAGGUGAUGGCCCAGAUCUUGAAAGACAUGGGGAUUACUGAGUAUGAACCACGGGUUAUAAAUCAGAUGCUGGAGUUUGCAUACCGAUACGUGACGACUAUCUUGGAAGAUGCCAAAAUUUAUUCCAGCCACGCAAAGAAGUCGAGUGUCGAUGCAGACGACGUGAGGUUGGCUAUCCAGUGCCGGACGGACCAGUCGUUCACCUCUCCCCCACCCAGAGAUUUCCUGCUCGAUAUCGCCCGGCAGAAGAACCAGAUGCCCUUGGCGCUGAUCAAGCCUUACUCAGGCCCGCGACUGCCGCCCGACCGAUAUUGUCUGACGGCCCCCAACUACAAGCUGAAGUCUUUGCAGAAAAAGGUGUCUUCCUCCGCCGGAAGGAUAACCGUGCCACGGCUGAGCGUUGGCGCCGUCACCAGCAGGCCCAGCACGCCGACUUUAGGGACUCCUUCGGCACAGACGGUUUCUGUUUCAGCCAAGGUUGGGACCCCAGUGUCGUUGACGGGGCAGCGAUUCACCGUGCAGAUCCCCACAUCCCAAACAUCUGUCAAGUCAGCUGCUCCUGCAACGCCAACAGUGCAGAACGUGCUGAUCAACCCGUCCCUGAUGGGCUCCAAAAACAUCCUCAUCACCACCAACAUGGUGUCCUCGCAAAAUGCCGUCGGCGAUUCCAAUGCCUUGAAAAGGAAACACGACGAAGAUGAUGAUUAUGACAACUUAUGAAAAGGGGGCGUUUAGGAAGGCCCCGCAGGCUGUCAUCUUUCUGCUUUGGACUGGCCAAAGGGGGGGGAAAACUGGGCUCCGAUUGGUCUCACUGGGACCCUGUGAACUGUUUGCGCACCGUUUAAGUCUUGCUCGAGAAGACCAGUGCAGUCCUUUUCCCCGCAAGCCAGAGAAGCAUUUAAAACAGUAGGGCAGACGGAGGAGUCUUGUCCCCUCUUGGCAUCGCCUGCUUUUUGCUCCAAAGUAGAUAUAAAGGAGCUCCUCAUCUUUCUGGCCUGCACCAUUUCGACUUGCGGUGGCGGCAGAAUCAUUCUCAAAAUGUUCCACCACCUACAGAGAUGACCCCCAAAGCAUUCUAUCUUUGCACGUGGAAGGAGUUCGUUCUCUCUCCCUCUGUCUAACUUGAGCAAGUAUUCUAAGGUUCAGUCUCCUAAAUGGUAAAGACCAACCCCCGAGAUAUCACAGAGAGAUUGUAGUUGUGUGUUUUAGUUUUUUCACUGCCAGGAGGAAGCUGGAGAUAGGAGCAUUAGCUAAGAGAAUCUCAGGAAGGGGUCCAGUUCCUCUAGGAAAGUGUGGGGUGGGCAAUAUGUAUGCUUUCCCUGGGGUGAAGGAUCAUGCACUUGUGAACUUGGCACAUGCAUAUUUUUGGCAUAUGCAUAUCCUGAUAGCCUGGAGGCUGUUAGGUAACACAGAAGACCGAGGGAUUGUGUGGGGUUAGCCCCUGUGGAUCUCUUCUGCAAAUGGACGUGGUUCUAGGAGAAGAGCUCUUCCGAACACAGGCCCUGUGUUGUGGCUAUGCAGAAGCUAAAACCGCACCCAGAUAUUGCUGUGUAAUACAUAAAAGAUAACAUCAGAAUGCCUCCAUUUAUUUUAUUUUAUUUUCCUCAGUUUUGUAACCAAGAUGGCAAAUACGUGAGGGUUGUGUUUUGUUUUGGAAUGCAAGCUGUCGCCAAUUCUGCCAGCGACCCGCCUGGAGCCAAGGGAUCAAGCUGUGUGUGUUAGUGUUGGGAACCAUAAGUUAUUUUUUUUUUCUUGAGAAUUCUUAAAUAAAGACAUUGCCUGAGAGCUA